AUGUCGAGCAUGGCCGAAUCUCAAUCUGAUCAAAGCGAAAAUGAAAGACCAGACGAUAGAUCUCAAAGCGAAGAUGAUUCAAGCGACAACAACGACUCCAGCGACGAAAGCUCUGAUGAUUCAGACGGCGGAGGACUGCUCGACACUAUGGCCGCUGACGGCAGCGAUUCGGAAUCCAGUGACGACGAAGAUGAGUACCAGAGUCACUUCAAAUCAGCUUCAACCGACCAUUACUUUCCGCAAUUUUGUCGGCUACCCAUAGAGUUACGCCAUCGCAUCUGGGAAUUAUUCUGUCCCGAACUGCGCGCUCGCUAUCGCGUGCUCGACUUCGUUAUUUCAUGGGGAACCACAAGGCAUCCUGAGUCAGAUAGUGCUGUCGUAUGGACCGUUCGUGAUGGCCUUGCGCUCGAGGACCAAACGAAACAUUUGCGCGCAGUCUUUGCAGUCCACCGAGAAUCUCGCGCCUUUGCGAAAAACGCUUUUCCCAACUCCCUCAGCAUAGAUGCAGGCUCUGGAGACGCUACUGUUCCAUUUAACCAGAAGUCGGAUGUUGUUCUUGUCAACGGCCUCACUCAUCCAGGGGGGAAGCAGAUUUUUCACUUACCGGGCUUUGCGAGCGAAGUCAAAAACCUUGCGCUUGGCGGGCCUGAUAUCCUCGAUAAUCUUCGGAAUAUCAACACGAUCAAACUAUUGAAGGACUUUAGCCAGCUCGAAUCAUUCUAUGUCAGCGUUUCCAGCACGGAUUGCCAGAAGUCGAGCCUACAGUGGUGCACGUCCGAUUUGGUCAACCACUACCGAACGGAAACAUACGAAAAACAACCCGGCCUGGGGGAAGAUUUGCAGUUCCUAUGGUGCUGGCCUGAUUUGGAGCGACACCCUGACUUUGCGAAAUAUCAGAUCAACAGAGAUACAUGGGAUGACCUACCAGAUCCCCUUGGCAGCAUUCUGGAGACAAGAGGGAUCAAGGCAUGGCCUAUGGUUGCUUUUGAGUAUGAGCGUGGAAUGCGGAGAUUCGAGUUGCUACAAACACUCGGGCCUGACUUUGGCGACGACAGCGACAGUUCCGAUGAAGAAGACAACGAUGACGACGAUAAUGGGCCGGAUUUGGACCAAUACGAAAGUGACGGAAUUGACGACGACGAGAUCAUCGAGACUUACGAGGAUUCAGAUGAUGAUGGCAUCUCAUUAGCCAGUGGAUCGCUAGCACCUGCUCGACAACUCCACCAGGUUUCCGACGACGAGGACGAUGAUGAUGAUGGUGUGGGAGCCAAUUUCUCCGAACCAGAACCCGAGCCUGAGUCUGCACCUUUACAGCGUGGUCGGAAACGCCGCGUGGUUUCGGACUCGGAUGAUGAAGAGGAGGAAGAAGUCCAACCUUCAACAAAACGCGCUAGAGUCAUCGUGGAUUCCGACGAUGAAGAUGAUGAACCGCAAGUGUCUCAACCAGAGCGAAGCCGAAAGCGAUCGCGGGCGUUGGUAUCUGAUGACGAAGAUGACGAUGAUCAAGGCGGCGUCUCAAGACAAGACUCGGACAAUAGAGAUUCUUCCAGCAGCGAAGAAGAAAGCGAAGACUCAGAUGAAGAAGACGCGCCGCCCGCAAAGCUAUCUCUAGCAGAGCGUCUGCGUCUCCACCGCGAAGAGAACCCUGUCGACAAUGAGGAUUCGGAUGAUGCCAGCAGCAGGACUGCAGAUGAAGACAGCGAGGAGGAUGAAGAGGAGGAUGAUGAGGAGCGCAAUCCAUUCAUGAUGGGUAUGGCUGAUGAGUCCGAUGGCGAAGGAGAAGAUUACGACGAGGAUGAUUACUAA